UCUGGGGGAUGAGGGGCGGCACGCGGAGUCAGUGUUUGGAAUUAAUGAGGCACCGUGAAUGAGCGCAAGCAAAACUGACCAGACGAUUUAAACAUGCUUUCUGCGGCUUACAUUUUCAUAUGGGGAUUGUUUGCGUGCGCGCUGGCGAAACAUUUCCAUGGACAAAAGUCGUUUGUGGGGAGGCCGACGAGAGAUUUGAGGGGUGAUGAAGAGCGACACAGUUGGGAGAAGUUGGAGAUGUCGGAACGCGCCGCGGCAGGACUGAAUGAACACUCAUGCCCGAGUUUUCCUGGAGUCGAGUCAGCGCUGUUAAACAACACCCACACUUUCAACUUUAAAGUGAGGACCAUGGGCUCCCUGUCACUUGCCUGGGUGGGAAAUGAAUCGGGGGUGAUUCUGGUGUUGACCACAUUCCAGGUGCCUUUGUUCAUGAUGCGAUUUGGCCAGUCCAACCUCCACAGGAGUCAAGACUACGGGAAGACGUUCACAGAUGUGACCCACCUGAUCAACCACACCUUCAUCCAGACAGAGUUUGGCAUUGCUGUCAGCCCAGAUCACUCUGGCAAGGUGAUCCUGACCGCUGACGUGUCCGAAACCGGGGGAUUUCAACUAUUUCGUUCGCGGGACUUCACCCAGACCUUUGAGACAUCGGACCUACCUUUUGAGCCCUUAAUUCAGAUGCUGUACAACCCUGGCGACAGCAACGUUCUUCUAACUCUCAGCAUCAGGUUGGACUUGUGGCUGUCCGAGGAUUUUGGCGCCACCUGGCGGAAGAUUUAUGACAGUGUUUGUCUCGUCAGAUGGGGUGCAAAGAACAGCAUUUACUUCACGACAAACUACAACGGAUCGUGCAAUGACAAAGGAUCGUUGGAGUUAAGGAAGACGGUAGACUACGGCAAAAGCUUCCAGACAAUCGCAACUCGAGUUUUUUCCUUCGUACUGGGGGGACGCUUUGUUUUUGCCUCCAUCAUGACUGGAAAGGGCACAGAGCGCAAGAUCCAUGUUUCGAUGAAUGGAGGAGAAGUUUGGAACAUAGCUCAGCUUCCUGCAGUCACCCACGAGCAAUUUUACUCAAUCCUGGCAGCCAAUGAAAACAUGAUAUUCAUGCAUGUGGAUGACCCAGAAGACUCGGGGAUUGGAACAAUUUAUGUGUCUGAUGACAGAGGAACCGUGUUCUCCAAGUCUCUGGAACGCCACCUCUACACCACCACAGGAAGCGACACUGACUUCACCACCAUUGCGUCACUCCGGGGCGUUUACAUGACCAGCGUACUCACAGAGGACGAAACAGUGGAGACAGUGAUCACCUUCGACCAAGGAGCGCGAUGGCAGACAUUACGUCGACCACAAAACAGCCACUGCGACACUCAGACCGCCACAAACAGGCCAAACAGAUGUCGACUCCACAUCCACGCCACUUAUAGUACAGCCAUGAAGAUGAACGUCCCCAUGUUGCCGCUCUCGCAGCCAAGCGCAGUGGGCCUCAUUCUUGCUCAUGGCAGCGUCGGGGAUGCCGAGUCGAUUGUCGCGCCUGACGUUUACGUGUCCGACGACGGAGGAUACUCAUGGUUGUUGUCUCUUAGCGGUCCUCACCAUUAUGCUAUACUGGACUCAGGGGCUCUUCUCGUGGCUGUGGAGCACACCAACUUCCCUGUCAAUCAAAUCAAGUUUUCCACGGAUGAAGGCCGGUGCUGGCGCACCUAUAACUUCACCGAUGACCACUUCCACUUCAGCGGAAUGGACAGCGAGCCAGGCUCCCGCUCAUUGAAUGUCAGCCUGUGGGGCUACAGAAAUGACUACACCAAAUGGGUGGUGAUCACCAUUGACUUCAGGAAUCUCCUCACCCGAGACUGUAAUGACGAGGACUACGUGACGUGGUUGGCUCACUCUGCCGACCCUGACAGCACCAACGACGGCUGCGUGUUGGGCUAUAAGGAGACCUUCCUACGUUUGAGGAAAGACUCGGCCUGCUGGAAUGGGAGGCAGUUCAGUGGCAGGCAGCAUCUGUCAUCUUGUGCUUGUACACUGGAUGAUUAUCAAUGUGACUUUGGAUACUUUCGACCUGAGAACAGCUCGGAGUGUGUGGAGCAGGAGGAGAUGAAGGGCCAUCCUCUAGAGUACUGUCUCAACGGAACCACUGAAGAGCUGCAGACCAGUGGUUACCGGAAGAUUCCAGGAGAUCAGUGCACUGGUGGUUUCCAGCCUGUCAGAAAAGAGACGGACUUGAAAAGGAGGUGCACCAGUGAUGCUCUUCAUCCAUUUUCUCUGACUGAAAGCGGCUCAUCAAACGCUGCAAUCAUAGCCGUGGUUGUUAUAGCCAUGCUGCUGAUGAGCGCCGUCGUGGCUGUCUGGGUGGUCAAGAAAUACGUCUGUGGUGGACGGUUUCUUGUGCACCGCUAUUCCGUUAUGAGGGAACACGCUGAAGCAAACAAAAUAGAAGGAGUUGAUGACGUUGACGCUCAGUACAUGGAAACAGGAACACAUGGAGCACAUUUUAAUGAGGAUUCAGAUCAGGACCUCUUAGAAUAGGUUUGACCCCCUCCAAGCUUCAUUGAUGCCUGCUUGUCUUCAUGCUGAUUAACAUCUGCUUCUCAAUUUUCACUAUCCCUUGGUGGCCAAAGGAUGAAACUGCAGCGGACUGAAUUUUCAUAUGGUUGAGGUUCUCACAAAGAUCAGACCAUUGCAAAGAAACACAAUGUGGAGGGGUAUGAGGCAAAAACCCAGCACAGAACAGAAGAAAGGCGUCUUCUUGUUUUUGUCGGCGUCAGUGUUUUUGGCAUUUGACAAUGCACUGCAAAGGAGUUUGAGAUGUUUGAACUUGCAGUGUUAUAGAACAAUCAAGUAAUAGAGUACAGCUACUGAAAAAAAUCCUUUAUAUACAAUCAUUACUUUUUCAGUCUUCAAAGUAUUUUUGUAUUAAUUCAGUCGUGUACAGUAGCCGUUUCACUUUGUAGUUUCACCUCAAUUGGGCUGCAAUAUGUAAGCUGUUUUUAUUGUUAUAAUCACAGCGAAGCUGGGGUUUUUUUUUUUUUCCCUCGAAACGCACUUUUUGACUAACAUCUGUGAGCAGAUGCAUUUAAAUGCCCUCUCCCGCCGAAUCAUGAAUUUUCGCUUUUGACUGUAGACAGCGAACCUUUUUUAAAAAAAUAUAUAUAAUCACAUUGGGGGACGCACUUUAGAUGCCAACUUUUUAGUGCACACUGUUUGCCUGUAUUAUAUGAAGCUAAAACUACUACAUCUAUUUUUCCCAAAAACAAAGUAUCCUAAAUGUAGGCAAAACAGAGUAUUGAAAUAACAUUUCAUUUGUCCAAUAUUAUGCAUAACAAAUAUUUAGUUUAGUUUACUUUUAUUCACAAACAUUUUGAGUGACAUAAGAGAACCAUGCAAUUCUAAUGUUGAGCUGAAUAAAACGAAAUGGUCAUGGUCUGACAGUCAAGUGUAAAGUUUGGAAUAAAUCUUUCUUAGGGCGUAGGGAAUGUGAAGCACCACAAUGUCACAGAUAUUUUCCGCUCCCCAUUCUGUGCAGUGAAAACAAGACUUGAAUUAUUGCCAAAGCACUUUUAUUGUUAUGUUUCUAAUUGUAGAGAUAAAUCCACCGCAGCCCAGCAAUUAACAAACAUGAAGGUAAUACUAACCCAAAAACUUUACUUGAAUUUUUUUUAAAUAUACACAGAGUCAAUAUUAACUCUCUAUAUAUUUUUUGUAUUUCCCCACAUAAUAAGUCAAAGUAUUAAGGUGGAUACAGGUACAACAAAAUAAACAAGUCUCAACCAUUUUGUCAUUAUAUAUACACGUUUUCAUCCAGUAUUUUUAAAUACAUGCAUCUUCUAAUCAUAACUUAAUGUACGGACAAGGCUUAUCUCUUUUAUCCCAGCAGAUAAGCUAUAUGCUGUAGAGUUGGUCUAAGAGUCAGGCACGUUCUCAAGUUAUUAGAGCAGCUACACAUGCUUGAUGACUCUUAUACCCAACAGCUAGUUACUGGAGUUCAUCAUUAAUAUGUUUGCACUGUAUCUACACAUCUGUGAAAAAAUGCAUUCUUGCCACAUACAUAAUAUGGUACCAUGCUCCUCUUGUUUUUGUAUAUUUGACUUGAGAAUAAUGUCAUCAUGCUUUCUUGACAUUGUUGUGAUAACACCAGGGACGAAGAGUAUUUGAAUUGAAAUUAUCUCACAGUACAGCUUGAUUCACAUGUGUCUUUUUAAUGAAUUUAUUGAUGAAUUAAAUGUCUCUUUAACAUA